UCUAGAAGAAACGUGUCCACGGCGCAUAAAGCGAACUCCUGUCACAGAGACAGUGAGAUUUACGCACUGGCAAAAGUACAGAGUACACGCCGAGUAAAAAGCAGCAAGCAGCACAAAAUAAAAUGAUUAGGAAAGUGUGUGGAAAAAAAAAGGCACAAGUGUAUGUGAACGGCGGCUGUAUGUGUGAGUGACGUGACUGUAUGCGUGCUGCUGCUGCUGCGUGUAUAAAAAAAAAAAAAAGUAAAAAAGUGCGGGAAAGAUACUGAGCCGAACCCAAAAAAAAAACCCACAGACUACGAAGCCCAGCCCCAAAAGAGUGUUGUAGUGGACUGGAUUAGAGUCAUCUAACGGUGAACCUUUCGGCCACUCGUCCAAAUUAAAAACUCCUUUCCUACAUUUGUGGAUCAAACGAGCGAGCGUCCCGCAACGCCCCACCAACAAAAGCUUCUUCAUGAUGUCGUCGGAUCAACAGUUCUUUCUGAAAUGGAACGAUUUUCAAACGAAUAUGGUGACCUCGUUCCGUCACUUGCGUGAUGAGAAGAGCUUCACAGAUGUAACACUCGCCUGCGAAGGCCAAACCUGCAAAGCACACAAAAUGGUGCUCUCCGCUUGCAGUCCGUACUUCAAAGCGCUGUUAGAGGAGAACCCAUCAAAACAUCCAAUCAUCAUCCUGAAAGAUGUCUCCUACAUUCACCUACAAGCUAUUCUAGAGUUUAUGUACGCCGGGGAGGUGAACGUGUCCCAAGAACAAUUGCCAGCAUUUCUAAAGACCGCCGAUCGCCUCAAAGUGAAAGGCCUGGCAGAGACACCCAGUUCAAUAAAGCGGGAGGGUUGAUGGUAUUAACAAUAAUAACAAAAAAAAUAAAAACAACAAAAACCCUAAAACAAAACAAAAAAAAAAAUUAUAAAA